GCCGCCGCCGCGGCGGGUGCAGAGCUGGGCUGGGCGUCGCGAUGAAUAUCCUAGUGGAGUUCUUCGUGGUCACUUUCAAAGUGCUGUGGGCUUUCGUGCUGGCCGCGGCCAAGUGGCUGGUACGGCCCAAAGAGAAGAGCGUGGCGGGACAGGUGUGCCUGAUCACCGGGGCCGGCAGCGGCCUGGGCCGCCUCUUUGCCCUCGAGUUCGCCCGGCGCCGGGCUCUGCUGGUUCUGUGGGACAUUAACACCCAGAGCAACGAAGAGACGGCGGGCAUGGUGCGCCACAUCUACCAGGACCUGGAGGCAGCUGAUGCCGCUGCCCUGCAAGCUGGAAAUGGUGAGGAGGAAAUUCUACCUCCCUGCAACUUACAGGUUUUUACCUACACCUGUGAUGUGGGAAAAAGAGAGAAUGUCUACCUGACAGCUGAAAGAGUCCGGAAGGAAGUUGGAGAGGUGUCAGUCCUGGUUAAUAAUGCUGGUGUGGUGUCUGGGCAUCAUCUCUUGGAGUGCCCUGAUGAGCUUAUUGAGAGAACCAUGAUGGUCAAUUGCCAUGCGCAUUUCUGGACCACCAAAGCUUUUCUUCCUACAAUGCUGGAGAUUAAUCAUGGUCACAUUGUGACAGUUGCAAGUUCCCUAGGAUUGUUCAGUACUGCUGGAGUUGAGGAUUAUUGUGCGAGCAAAUUUGGAGUUGUGGGUUUUCAUGAAUCCCUGAGCCAUGAGCUAAAGGCUGCUGAAAAGGAUGGAAUUAAAACAACAUUAGUUUGUCCUUACCUUGUAGAUACUGGUAUGUUCAGAGGCUGCAGAAUCAGGAAAGAAAUUGAGCCUUUUCUGCCACCUUUAAAGCCAGAUUAUUGUGUGAAACAGGCCAUGAAGGCCAUCCUCACAGACCAGCCCAUGAUUUGCACCCCUCGCCUCAUGUACAUUGUAACUUUCAUGAAGAGCAUCCUACCUUUUGAAGCAGUCGUCUGCAUGUAUCGAUUCUUAGGAGCAGACAAGUGCAUGUACCCCUUCAUUGCGCAAAGAAAACAAGCUACAAACAACAAUGAAGCAAAAAAUGGAAUUUAAGAAUGUUUGGUCCAGAUUGUCAUUUGGAGCUGAAGACGAUCAAAAUGUUUCAAAGUGAUGCACAUCAGCAUCUAUCCUGACAUUUUCUGGAUCCUAAGCCUGUGUGAACUUUUAGAAAUCAAACUUUUUUUCUUUAAUAGAUUGUAAAUUAACUGACUAGAGUACUUGGAAAAUGUGAUAGGCAAAAAUGAACUUAAGUAGCUGCCAACAGUGUCCUUUAGUGAGGACAUUAAAACCAGUAACAUUUUUUAUAGAAAUGCACUGUGAGCUAUCUUCAGACUAUCAUUGUUGUUGAAAAUGAAGAAAAAGUCUAGAGAUAGUAACUUUGGUGUAUUUCAGGUGUUUUUCUUCAAAAUUUCUCCAGGAUUUAUAAAUUCAUGCAGUUGAGAACUCCUUUCAGCCAACUUUUUGCAAUUUUAAAGAAUGAUGGCAGUACUAUUCUCCUUACUUGUACUCAUUAGCUCUGAUUUGCAAAAGUGGUGGUUGGGCUGUUUUCAUAUGUGCAUGUAUCUUCAACUGUUUGCAAAAAAAUAAUUUUUAAAUCUCCACCUAUUCAAAGCUAAAAUAAUGUUCUUGAGUGUUAUGGUAGAAAGCUGAACAGGUCUCUUCUAUUAAAAGUUACAAUAAAUUUUCUAAGCCUAAUUCCAAAUUUUAUAUUUGAAAAACUUUAUUAGGUGUCUAUCCAUCACUCUGGAGACCUAGCUGUUUAGGAAAACUUUACAUUUUUCUACCUAUGAAUUUUGCUGCAUAAAGUGUCCUUCCCCCAGGAAGUUGCUGUAUUUAUAUUUCUUUACCUGGAUUCAUGCCUAAAGUACAUAGCAGCUCAUCAAAGCAACAGUUUAUAUAAAAUUCCCAUUUUUGUGCCAACUAUGAUUAGUAAGGAAAAAAAAAACUUACUCUCUGGAGUGUGAAAGGGUGUAAAGAUUCUUUCAGAAGUUUUAUUCAAAUUGUAGAACAGCAGAUGACAUUUUUACAGUAUUUUUUUGUAAAGGAAACUAUUUUGUGCCUUGAAUUUGGUAUCUGUGUAUUAGUGAAACAUUGUAAAAGUGAACUUCUACCUCUGUAUCUAAAUGUGUACCAUUCACUUGUAAAUUACUAUAAACUAUUCUGUGAUUACUUUUUUAGAAUGUCUCGUUUAAAUAGUGACCAAUGUCUAUGGUUAUUAAAGAAAGCCAUCUUUUAUUAAAUGAUUGGGAAGUUUUGUAAAAGACUGAUUAAAUUGAAAGAACUAACUUCCAGAUAACUGAUUGUA